UGUUACUCCAUUUGCUACUUCUACAGAUUUUGGAUAAUGCACCGCUCGAUUUUUGAUACAGGACCGUAAAGAAUGGCUACUUCAGUACUCGUAUUAAAAUAGCGAUUCAGUACUGACUGUACGAACGAAACACUCUGUUAAACGAACGCUCUUAUCAUAAUUUAAUCAUUAAUGUAACGCUUAAAACUGUUCAGAAAUCAUACCGUUAGGACAUCAGCAAUAAGUUCCUUUCCCAUCAAAUCUAAAAAGCACUCUUACAGUUACAUUUCCUAAUUUUCCUAUCGCUUUUUUUUCAUUGCAAUCGACAAGAGCGACGGCGGAAGCCCGGCUGAUAUAAGAGUAAAUACCUUGGAAGAUGGAGGCGCUGGAAUCCGACUUACAGUACCGGCUACGGUGCAUAAAACGAGAGCAGAAGCUUCUUCAGGAAUUAGUUCGAACUACAAAUGCACAUUUCUGGCAACGAACUCGAACAAUUGGCCCUGUUAAGAGCGGAAAUGAUAGGGAUACUUCGCUGCAGUACAUUGGUGGAUUGGAUCUGGCAUGUGCGAAGGACAAUCAGAACCGAGCCUGCGGUGCAUUGGUGGUUCUGUCUGUUCCCGAUCUUAAAGUUGUGUAUACCGAUACGCUAAUCGAGGAUUUGAACACUCCGUACAUUCCUGGUUUUCUUGGCGCGCGAGAGUAUCCGCUUAUGGGAAAACUCUUGGAUCGCUUGAGAGAAAAUGCUCCGGAGUACCUUCCUCAGGUUUUACUUAUUGAUGGAAAUGGAGUGUUGCAUACACGCCGGUGUGGAUCAGCGUGCUACGUCGGUGUUAACCAACGAAUUCCCACCAUAGGAGUGGGCAAGACACUUUUUCACAUGCCGUCGUGGGAUCAGUCGUUCGAGCGAGAGAUAAACAACACCGUGCGGAAAUACGGGGAUGAGAUGGAUUUGAUUGACCAGAACGAAACCGUAGGAAAGGCUGUCAUUGCCUCGCGCACAAGUACAAAGCCGAUCUUUGUUUCUGUUGGGCAUGAUAUUGAUUUGGAAACGGCCGUUUGGGUCGUACAGUUAUGUACGAAGUUCCGAAUUCCGGAGCCGAUAAGAAAGGCAGACUUCCUUUCACGAAGGACAAUCGAGGCUUCCAGAGUGAUCUAAAUAAAACCAAUAUCCGGAGUAGGUUUUAGCGCACAACGUUUUCGGUAAAUCCUGUUGUUAUAGAACUUUGCUUUUUGACUCAAUGAUUAGUGACCGAUUGUGAAUAUUUGUUGUCCUGAUUUCCUUGGAAAGUGAUAAUUUGUAACAUUACUCAUGUGAAAGUAUAGGAAAUGAGAUGUAUUCUUUUUGGAAUAAUUUUUUGCUGGAUAAUAAAGGAAAUCUUUUUAGUAUUCUAGUGUGAAUAAUUGUGAUUUGCAGUUUGAUAAGUGCACCAAACUUCGAAGUUCGAACCUUUGAAACUGUUCGCAGAUCUAUAAUGGCAGUAUAAUCUGUUAAGA